AAACAUGCCGAAAGGUCCUAUCUGCAGAAGAGAGGCUCUCUUUGGUUUCCCUCUUUUCCGUUAAUAUCUCAGCUGUUUAUUUGUAAUAUGAUUAUCUCCUUGCUUUGAACGAUGGUCAAAACAAUCGUCUUUUGAUUUAUACUGCAAAAACAGUUGAAAAGUGUACCAUUACAUUGCAAUAAUUGAAAGAGAAAGUGAACAAAGAGAGCCUCUCAAAUGCAGAUAGGACCUAUUGAAAUGUUUAUAGUCUAUUUUACGAGCCGAUUUUAUGAAUGAAUUUUGACAGGAGGUAGUGUCCAAUAACCCGUGAAAACCAAUAUCAUCAUCAACAUUGUUGUCACUUCGUAAAAUGGCUCAUUCGUCUAGCAUACGACGCGUCAACAAACAAAAAAGUUGUGUUUUAUUUCUCAUUUGCGUUUUCAAUUUUUCAGUUCACGUUUUUCAUCGGUUUUUCGCAGUUCAACAGUUAAAUUUAAUCGAAACAUCGUCCACCGCCACGAUGGCGAGCGAAGAGCAGUACGUGGUCGAAAAGAUUCUGAACAAACGCACUCGACGGGGCGUGGUCCAAUAUCUGAUCAAAUGGACCGGCUGCGACGAGACGCAGAAUACCUGGGAGCCGGAGCAGAACCUGAAGUGUGACGUGCUGCUGCAACAGUACCACCAGGAAAAGGCAGCCGAACCGAAGAAACGAGGCCAGAAACGCUCGACCAGAUCGUUACCUUCGGAUGGCGAACAGGUAACGGCAGAUGCUAAUGACGGAGAUGGAGCAGCGGUAGAGGUCGAGAAGAAAGACGAGGAGGAGCCGAAGACGUCCAGACGAACGAAGAAUCCGUCGAAAAGGAAGAUGGGAAAGAGAUCUCUUGAUAGCUCACAAGGGCAACCGGAUGAAGCCCGCGAAGCGGAGUCUGUGGUAAAAGUUGAGAUAAAGGAGAUGGAUGUGAAACGUGAUGAAUUGAUGCCAGAGUCUGGCCAGGAUAAAACAGUUCAAUCGAAGAAACGGGGAAGGAUGUCGAAGCAAUCGUUGCCUUCGGAGAGCGAAAAGGCAACCGACACGCAAGGAACAGUGGUAAAAGUUGAGAACAAGCAAGAGGAGGUACAGGCGACAAAGGAACCUUUGAGGAAGAGGGUCAAACGAUCCCUUGACACAUCACAGGGACAACCGGAUGAAGGUUCAGUGGCGGUGAAAGUUGAGAAAAAGGAUGUGGAAAGGAAGCGUCAGAUAAGGUCGAAAACGGAGCCAACCAAGGAACCGAAGCAAGAACCGGCAGGUAGCAAAGCGGAAGAAGGAUCGAACGGAUUUGCACGCGGGUACGUCGUAGAAAGCUUGGUCGGCAUCACACAGGAAGGCAACAAGUUCCUGUUUCUUGUCAAGUGGCAGGGACUGGAUGAAAUGGAAAUGGUUCCGUCCGCGGAGGUGCGUAAGUUUGUACCGGAAAUGAUGAUCGAUUUCUACGAGAACCGUAUCAUCUGGAGGAAAAAGGAUCAAGCUGGCAAGUUGCCUGCGUCGUAAUUUUUCGGCACUCAAGCCGAUUUUAUUUUGUACUUGCGACAUGACUACAAAUUACUGAAUUUGAUGCCACAAUGUUUGUUUUGUUGAAUUUGAUUUUAUUAAACUGAAUAAAGCUUCCUUUGUUUAUGAA